AUGUUAACUGAUCCUGAUUUCCGCGAGCUAGUCACUCUCCCUCUCCCUACUCAAGUGUUACGUGCCUUUAUCCGAUCUGGGUACACAAGUGUUGGCGAGGCUUGCGGACUUAGUGUGGAUCAAAUAUCGUCACGUAAGUUAUUUCCUUUAAUGACAAUUAUUAUGGAAGCACCUAAGCUUAAUGCUUGGAAGAUUACAGUUCCCGUAUAUUCGGUGUUUCUUAAAAUUUCCAUGUAAACAUUUCUUCUGUUUAUGUGAAGUCUGUGGAAUUCAUAGACAAAAGGCAACUUCCGUGCUGGAAAUUCUUCAAAACUAUUCGAAGCUGGUAGUUUUCGGGUCGGUCGGAUCAACCACCAGAGACCUUUUUCAGCCUCACACUGCACUCGAGUUGUUAAAACUCGAAGGUCACAAGAUCGGUGAUGCAAUCAGUGGGUCUUCAACGGAUUCUGGACAUAUUGUAUCCAUGUGCAAGAGGUAACGGCAUGAUACUAUUCGUUCCUCCCCUCAUCCUUAUGUUAGCAUUGAGUUUCUUGCAAUUCAUUUUGCCACAAAGCCAAUGCUAAGAAGGAACCUUUGCUGUAUAAACUUCAUUCCAAUGAAGGGCCGAGUUCAGGCGACGACUUUGUGUCUGAUGAUAGGCUCAAGCUGUCCAGAUUUACUAUAAUAAGAAACGCGCUGAGUUGUCAUGAGGAAGGGUACCUCAGUGCGCGUCUCAAUCUCCUUCCCAACUCCCAUACACCGACCGACUAGUAGACAAAAUGGGCUUAUUGGCGGAUGUUGCGAAUAGUCACCGUCCACCGCGUACUGUAUAUUUACAUGCUCAUAAGUGAUAGUUCGUCAUUGCCGACAUCAACAAGUUUCUCCUUGGCGUUGAUGUAGGAGUGAUAGUUGACCCUAGUGUGUUGACCUGGGAUCAAACUGACUCAUGAGGCGGCUAAAUUUGUGAAGACAUUGUGUGCAUGAAUGACUGGUGGUAUUUUAGUCAUUGUUGUCACGUAUGCGCAAAUGACCCAACAGACCUAUGUGGUGGCAGAUGUGGGUAGGAUAAGUGUACGUGACAUUUGACUCACCAUGGCAUAAGUGCUCAUUAUACUAGUCAACUCCAGGAUCUGAAUGUUCGGCAUGCGUUUCUGGCACUUUUAAUAUCUUUCUAAGACAGCUUAGGCGACGGUUGUGCAUCUCUCACACUCUUGGCCCCUCUUUCUCCCUCUCUCACUUAGCCUUGGUAAACUGUCCAGGUCACCGAGCAACAGAGUAGUGUUGUCCGGACAGCGGCCCUGUGUAUCUCGGGUUUCUUGUUGAAGUGAACGCCACGGCGACUUAUUCCAGGUUAGGUGUUGGGGUCUGCCGCUGGCUGCGGUCUGGUUGGGGUCUGCCGCUGGGAUCUGCGGCUGGCUGGCGUUAGAGACUCGAAUGACAACUUUGUUGUCGAUUUAAGUAGUCGUGCGAAAGUGCCAACCAGGAGAUUGCCAUUGACUAUUGCCUUGGGCUUGACAUGUCCAACAGUUGGUGCUGGUUGGCGCAAGAUAACCAUUUUACAUGGUUGGAUAUUUAGUUAGAAGUUAGUACACCCAGGGGUAAAGUUCAUGCUUCGCUGUUGUGAUUCUCAGUGGACAAUCGUCCGAAAAUAUGGUGUCAUGUAUCCUGGCCCAUCGAGGAUUCUUACCUACGUACGGUAUUGCUCUGCCAACCUUGAGUUUUGGUGAUCUACAUUUUGUGGUGUCACGGGCGAAUUAUCUUUAAACGGUGGGAAGACCAGAAUGUUUUCGGAAUGCUUCCCUGAGCAGGAGAAUAGUUUUCAAUUUGAAGAAAUAGGUAGUUCCAAAUACUUCGGAGCGGGGUUGCUGCCGAAUGGGCAGAGUAAGGAUGAUAUUGCCUCCCGCAUCGAUGCUUCUCAGUGUUUCCAAAGUUCGUAGCAAGCGACGCAACAUCUUCAUCGCUCAGAAAAUCCACGUGUACCGUGCAUCCGUCCGGUCAGUCCUCUGCAUUUGUGAGUGUUGAACUAUGCACGUGGAAGAUGAGCGAAGACUUGAGGUAUUUAACCACUGCUGCCCGAGGACCAUCCCUCGAGUGAAGUACAUCGACUUCGUCUCAAAUAACACAGCCCGCACUCGCUGCGACAACAUCGCGAGGUUAUAUCAGACCAUGCAAGAAAAACUGCUGAGGUGACUUAGGCACGUCGUUCGUCGUGUCCGUGUCGUUGCCCCCCUGGAGUCGUCGGAGAUGAGGUCAAGUCAAAACCUGGCUCGACAUAAUUCGUCAAGACAUGUAGGUGGUUUCCGAACCUUCUGUAUCCAGUCUCCGUCGCUGGAGGAGAGAGUGGGUCGAGCUCUCCCUAUUCGUUGCCGCAGAUCAUCACACGUAGAGAGGUACAAUCCGCGACAUCAUCGAGACCGGCUAGAUCAGACAUGAUCAUAACUGUAUUAAGUCCGAGUGCAAGGAGAUGUCUAGUUGUUUCUCAUUGUCCUGACUGUCUCGAUGCUCCCAAUAAACAUCGGGCAGCACUAUGGGGAACACGAGGUUACAGAGUUUCGAAGUGGGGGCGUAGCCCUGUUUCGGCCCAUUUGUCAUCACGAAGGCCCCCGAUGUUGAUCCACCUGUGACGCCGACUGGUUAUCAACAUGAACCAUUCUGGGCACUCUAUCCCCCUCAUUGCUUUUCACAACCGUCCCGGUUCACAGUACCGAGGGCCUUUCUGUGAUCUUUGAAGUUGGUAAACAGACUGAUCGUGGCGUUUUUUCAAAGUUGUAGGGCCGUAAGGAGUACAUCAGUGAUUCCACGAUUUUCCCGAAAUCCGCAUUGGCUAUCGAAAAGUCCUCCUUUCAGGCAUAAAUUCAGACAAUUGGGUAGUAUGGGAACUACGACUUUGCCAGUGACGCUCAAAAGAGGCAUCCCUCGGUGAUUUACUCAGGUUUGUAAGUCUCCUUUGUGCUUGCCUGUGUAAGUGAACAAGGACAGUUUCCUAAAAUCGUCCAAGACUUGUCAGUGCUAUGGUAUCCACUGGAGCAGCAAGGUACGGUUUUCCGUGAGUUGAGAGCUGUCAUGGUCAUGGGUCUCCGCCUGUGGCUUAUCCACUGAGCUGUAGUGCUUUAAUUAUCUUCUGCAGGGGGACGGGUGAUGGAGGUCAGUAUUAGUUUCCACUUGGAAAAGUCCAUCGCUGACCUUCCCCACGGAAUGUAGAGAGACUCUUGAUGACGUAUCCCAAGCGCCCGGCUCUUCGCUCCAUUAUCUGCGAUUUAUCCGACAGCAGGGCUGUUCUGUCGGAAAUAAGCUACUGCGACGUUUCGGUGAGAUCGGCAUUUCUUUCGACCUCUUCAGCCUUGAGAAUCAGCCGGUUCUUCUGCACUUUCCUCAGCGUUUUUCAUAGUUGACGACAGCAUUAGAAGUACGGCUUUCAAUGAGUUUAGACACAAUAGAAUGGAUGACAUCUUACAGUCAGGCCUUUUUGUUCAGCAUUUUCAUCUCCCAUUGUUCCAGGCUGGUCCAGUUUGGUGUCUAUUUUGGUGGGGAGUCCCCGGUUGUUUUUAGAUGUAUCCGGCACCGCCAUGUUCAUCUUUGUUGGUACCGCCCUCCCUUGGGGCCUACCCCGUGGUUAAGUUUGUGGCUUCAUUUUCUUAAUUAGCGGGUGGUGGCCUAUCCGGCGUUCGGUACUGUGUUCCGUCUUUGUUAUGGGAAUGUCACGAGGAUCAGUCGCCUGACAAGCACGUAGUCCGGCAAUUGCCACUGACAAAAACGAGGGUGCAUCCACGGGAAGCCUAAACAUACUGUCGGUGACUAUAAAGACUUGUUUAAAAGAAGGCGAAGGCACGAUCACUGGGACGAUAGGUUUAUUUGCCUGAGCUUUCGAACUCGAACUUGUGCAGGCCCGCAGCAGAGGGAAUCAAUUACCAUUACAACGCCGUAUUCUGCAACCAAGUACUCCUCUCCAAACGAUAUGCUGCGUGUCUACUUGGACGUUUAAGUCACCAAGGACAGCGAAUUCUUCCACUGUCAUAACAGAAGCUGAGAUGACCAUCAGACCUUCGUCGAACCCCUCCACGUCGUCGUUAUUGGUCAUUGCGGUGUAUAUGCAUUAAACAUUUUCUUUCGACUAGAAAAACCGAAUUAUUAGUGAAGUCACGAUGACUUUCUUCCGGCAAAAGGCAUCGGACAUAUUACUUUUCACAAAUGCAGCCAUUAUUUGCCGUGGACCUUUGUAAUACACUGCCUAUACUUUUCUCUUCGUAAAUUAGGAAUUGGAUUCCAGCGAAGGACAUCCAGUUGAUUGACUUAUUCUUUCCCUCAACAGCUUUGAUGAUCUGUUGGAUGGAGGUUUCCCCUGUGGUCGCAUUACCGAGGUCUGUGGACAACCGGGAAUAGGCAAAACGCAGUUUUGGUAGGUGCAAAGAUAGUUAUUGUGUUGUAAGAGCCUGACCAGAUCAAAAAUGCUAUCUUUGUCAUGGUAAGGCCAUCCAAACAACGCCUACUGACCUUCCUUAGUGUUUUCUUCUCAGGUCUCUCUUUUGCCUGCUUAUUCCAGCCUACAAACCUGCCUGACAGUCCAGUUGCCCAGAUGGUGCUCAGGCCUCGCUGGUGAAGCCGUCUUUAUCGACACUGAGGGGAGCUUUAUGACAAAACGCCUGUUUCAAAUGGCUGAGUCCCUCGCUGCUCAUUGUAACAAACGGAUUGUGCCCGAAAUCAGGAAGUUGCUGACGUCACCAGGUAAAUAUUGUAGUUUGUUUACUUGCCGCCUACCUUCGAUUGAUCGGUAGUCUUAGGAGAUGACAGCACCGCGUAAGAGGAACUCCGCUGAAACUAAGUGCGUAUAAUAGCUUGAAGCGUGUGACCCGUCGGCCAGAGUAAGCGAAACCAAAGAAACUGCUCCCCCCUCAAGCGAGCCUGGUUGACAUGUCUGAACUCAAAUGAUGUCUACCUUCAUGUUUGUACUCCUGUUGAUUUCUAAUAGUAAGGAGUACCUGUUGUACGAGUAGUUAACCGGGAUAUAAGGAAACCAAAGUGGACAUUAAAGCAAAAGUCCCGAAAUCGUGCAUUUGUAGCUGGGAUUCAGACCCAGCCUCCUCUCUCUUAAAUUCGAAGAGGCUGUUUUCGCCUCAUCUGCCGGCUAAUUUUGGAGUAAGAAUGCCAGUUUGACCCGAUGGCGUAAAUGUCGGUCAUUAAGAACGACGAAGAGAUUCGAGUGCGCCACUUAUGUAUGAGAUUUUUCGAUGGGCCGAGAUGUUUUCGACUUCCAAGCAAUACAAAUAUUGAAUGCUUCGCCUGUAGGAAUGCAAGCACGUGUUCUUAAACAAUUGGGUCUUCCUCUUCUUCUUAUGGCUUGAAAGCUAAUCAUGUGUUGUGCCGCAAAAGCAGCCAACUGAAGGAUAGCAGAGUAGAGCAUGACAACGCCUGUGGCUGUUAUCAGUAAAUCGACCCGAAAUGCAGCCAUGACGACACACAGACCUAUUCUACUCAUUCCAUUCGCCAGGGAUCAUAAUCACCUUGCAAAUUAUGACAGCCCGACCGUCGUGACCGACGGUGUUUACCGUGUUCUCCACAGCAGGGUGAGAGCAAGCACGGUGACUUGUGUGUGACCUAGUUUAUGUUGUUGACGGACUUGCACAGCAUCUACCGCACAGGUGGCUGGCACGGCCGAACCCGCACCCAGGCGUCCCACUCCACACCCCCUCGUCCGCAACAAACACCUGACCAGGAUUUUAACCAACAGCAAAAAUGGGGAGGGGGCGGCAGGGAUUCCAACGUACGCAACAUGAGCCGGCAAUUGGGCCUGCAACCACAUCUCGAAUGUUGGCUCUUGUUGUCCUGCGCAUUCCGAUAACAUCUGCCAGAAUCCGAUCUAGCCCUCGUGUUGGUCAAGCGCAUCUACCACGUGGCCCGUUUUAGGCGGAAACCUAGCAAAUUAUAGACCCUUUCUAAGUAUCAAUUGCAAGCCCAAAAUCGCAACUCUCUGUCAUCUUUGCACGUGUAGGAAGGGAAUCGGCAGAUACAGUCGAGGACUCGCAGUAUGCCAAGGCGUUGGCAAGUCUUCCAACUCCGGAGAAGCUGCUUCGCGGUGUGCACUACAUUCGCUGCACCGACUACCUUCAGCUCCUUGCCGCAGCCAGACGGCUUCAAGAUUUCUGCCGUUAUCAUCCGGAUGUAAGUUAAUAGGAACGUUUGGCCUCAUGUUUCCUUCCUAUCGUCCAAACGCCUUUAGCUCAGUCUAGGUUGGGAUGCCAGCGUACAAAGCCAUGCCGUUGGCGUGUGCUGCCUCCGUUAUUUUCUGCCGGAGAAUAUCCCAAUCACGGAGCCGGUAAGAGCACUCCGUGUUUCUGCAUUCCACCAUUCCUGACGGUUGUCGGCGAAGCAUAUGCUGCAGUUGUGCCUACAUACGUUACCCUGUUUGCAACACUACGAGUACCAUGGUGCCCCUGCAGCCCUGGAUCUUGAUUGCGUUGCCCAAAUUGCACAGACUGGAAACUCCUUUAGGAAAACACAGCCUGUUUCUGGGCACCCAUUCUUUUAAUCAUGGGCGCUUUGUGUGCAGGCAAACACCCUGCGAGAACCUUGCGCUGUAGGAAGUGUCUGUUUCUCGCGCACUAUUGUUUUUAUAGCAGGAAAGGAAGAAGACAGUACAGAAGACUACAGUCGUCUCCAUUCGCAUAUAUGGCUGCGAAACUCAUUCACCGCGUGUCAGCGACCUUAAACAUCUCGACAUUUUUUUACCACUACCUUCUGCGAAUAAUGCAAAAAUUUCGACCGACAAGCCGUGGGAACUCGGUGCUGCUUGAGAGCUUCUUGGGUCGAUGGCACUAGCUAUUGAUAGUUAAAGUGCGGUUACUAGGUAAGAUCCAAGGCUGCCCAGUCAUCCUCGUCGUCUUUCUGACCCGUUGUUGUGCUGUUGUUGUUGGUCAAGUGCUUGUUGUGGACCAGAGGGUGUGGAGUGGGGGCGCCCAGGUGCGGGUUCGGCCGUGCCAUCCACCUGCGCCCUCCCCACCUCCGGUCUUCUAGGCUCUGUCUUGACACCGGACCCAGUUGUGGGAGGAGGGGAGAGUGCGAUGGAUGCUGUGCAAGUCUGUCCUCACAAUAAACUAGUUCGCACACAAGGCGCCGUGCCGGCUUUACCUUGCUAUGGACCACACGGUGGACAUCGUCGGAUGCGACGAUCGAACUAUCACUAAGUAAUAUAUCGCAACACUGCCAGAUUACUCCACUGCUUCUUCAGCCGAUAAAAGCACGCCACCUUGAAUGGUUUGGUCACGCAUCCCAAGGGGUGAACUCGUGUGUGCCUCAUCCUUCUCAUUUCCUGCCCUCUUUGGCUUGACAGCCAGCGAAAAAUAAAAGUGGCGCAGUGGCUUCAUGCCCGAGAAGGGUCUAGGUUGCAGCAGUGGUUAGUUUUCCAGAAUGCAACGCCAACAACCUCUCACCACAGAGCGUUGGACGCACUUACCUUCAAUGCCGUAGACCUCGGAGUUGUCUACUUCAGUUAUGGCGAUAGGUAAUAAAAACGCGGUUGGUACGCAUCAUUGUUACUGUUGUCGUAGGUAAAUCGUUUAGUUUCGGCAGACGGCUAUGCCAACUAAACCUACUUCCGGUCAGUACUGUACUACGAAUUUGGAUAUUGAUUCCUCUGGAAAGCUGGCUCAUUGUGUCUUCGAUGGUCGCUACCAAAAUGGAUUGAUCUAACGGUGUCUAACAUUUAAAACUCUCCUGCGUAUCUCAAGAGUAGUCUUAUUGAUCGACGAGGAGGUUUGCACGCAGUCUACGCCGUAGAGCUUAAUUUCAAGCGUGCCCCUGGCUGCUCUGGGUUGUCCGUGCCGAAGCGAAAAAACGCAAGGUUCUAAGCUCGAUCGGGAGCACGGAUUCUCUCUGCCAUUUAGCCGCGUCGACCUAAACCACACACUUAGCCGCCAAAGUGAGGGAUGGGAUAGUAUGCCUCUGACUCUAACAAACAUUUUCAGUAUAAUAUAUUCUAAGCCCUAUGAUAUAACGACAAACGAAAACGCAUCGGUUAGAUGCGCUUCUUGUUACCCUUGAAAACUGCAAACAUCUGUUGCCUCGCUACUAAUUUUGUCAAAGCAGCUAGAACAACUUAUUUAUUCGUAGAGCGUACAUUUCAGCAUGUUUUUAAGGGUUAUAGGCAAUGCCCUUGCUAUCACUAACAGUAACAUAUCUGAGAAAGGUGUCCGGUUGUACUUUUUGAUUUCACAGUCAGCGCUCUCCCAACUUCUUAGUCAUCCAGUGCGUAAUCAUGGGCAGGCGUCUAACCAUCCGCUACCGCAUGACGCGCCGUUUACCACGGCCUGUGUUUCCGCCAAGCCCUAGGGAAUUGGACACCAGGUUUCAUCGCGUUUGGGCUUACAGUGAGCGCUGACUGCGAUGGUGUCGGCGGCUUUCCUACACAUUAGGCCCGUCGUAGUGAGCAAAAAUCCAAGCGCCAAUUCAGGCACACAUCUCCCGUGGCGGCGGGCGGCCACGGGGGUUUCCAAUUUGCCAAACACCACACCAGGGCCUUUUUAUUGCUUAAGGUUUCUAAUGGCCGCGAACUAAGCUGUAUUACUAUGUUUUCGUCCAUGCUGCUAGCGUUCAGACAGGGAUUCACAGGUCGCCGCCACUCGGGCCUCGAAUUUCCCAAAACGACUGAUUCCCCCCUUCUGACACGUAUACAUACUCCAUCAUUGACGUGGCCAUGAUUGGACCAACGUACGCUGCCUUACAGCAGUUAAAAAUCUGCACCGAUUCUCCCACAAUAUGUGUUCCAGGGGCUGGGAUUUGGCGAAGACCUAUCGUAAACUCACAGUCAGUCUGGUUGCAGGUUUUCGGUACGCUAGUCAUCCGGACGCGCUUGACCUCACCGUACUACGGCUUACUUAACAGCGCCCUCGGAUUACUUUUAUGCGGAGAGACGGCAGACUGCGCAAUAUAUUUCCUGGCCAUAGCUCGGAACCUUGUCAUCCACAGCGCACUACACCUCUACCCCCAAUCUCCCAUAUGACCCACCAUCCUUAAGGACGGAACGCCUCACUGCCAAGUGUGCGUGUGUGAGAGAGGGGGGAGGAGAGUUUAUGCAAUUUUGUAGAGGGUCUUAGAAAACAAAAAAUGGUAACAUUUCGUGCAUUAGUUAUUUAUUCCUCCUUUAUACUCCUGGAAGAGUGAUUAGGAGGAAGGAUGCCAGUCAUUGGCUAGAUAUGCAGUGCGUGACCGAUCCCAUGAAAUGUUGGCUGAAAUUCUGAAAUGCGUUUUCGAUUAGGAAGGAUUGAUUAGGUAGGGUUGUUAUUGAUUAGCGUGCAGCCUAAUCCUAUAGUAUUUCGGACUCACCAGGAUGUUGGCUUUUGGAUGUACGCCUUUUUGACACAUAGAAACCGCACUCGGUAGAAAAUGACGACUUAAGUUGCAUGCACUUUUCCUACUGUAGACAUGCGAUCUGAGUUGGGCGGCCUCGAAAUAUUGCGCUCAAUUUUUUCAUUUUCUCUGUGUACAGUAAACGGCACUUGAGGGUCGCUGGGGGAUUGAAUUUCUACUGAACAACGUUUAUUUCAUUGGUCAGUUGCCGGGGUUGGGACUUGGUCGCUUGCAGUACGUGCUGCACCGCCACACUUAUGACCGCCCACGUUGAUACCUCCCUUCAUUCGAUGGGGCUGCAGUUUUGAGGAGGUUUCACUUCGCGUGACCAAUUGGCGCUUACACGAAUUUGAAAUCAUCGCCCGCCCCCAAAGCCAUUCAUGCGAUGUUGUUUGCUUCCACCCAAAAAACCCCGACUUCCACUUUUCCCCCGGGAUUAAGACCCCGGGUGGGCAGUUUAUGGGAGGGAGGGAAGGCGGGGAUAGUGACGACCAGUGUGCCUCAAAGACGGUCGGGUUCUAUGGUUGGAACACAUAUUCAUCCUACUUUGAAAGCGUACGGACUGUUGUCAUCUUUAUGGUCUCAUUAAGUACCACGGAUAAAUGGGUCGGAUUUACUGCACUUUCUGAAUUGAGACAGAAAGUUGUGAAUGAAUUAAAUCCGAAAUUUGGCGACUCAAUUUGAAAAUCUCACUUUCGAGUUUCUGCGAGGUUCUCUGGCACUGCUGUCGGGCAUGGUGACCAGUUGUAGGCGGCGGCGCCCCUCAGUCAUCUUCGGAAAACGUAAUGCAUCGUUAUUUUAUUGCCAAUAACUUCCUCUUAGACGCCUGCUUUACCCUUGAUCACGGCCACAGCUUCUUCAGGGCGAGUGGCACUCUGAGCCGCGAUGUUCUCGAAUAAUAAUUAUGACAGUCGGUGUCCAUGAACCUUGAACCUUUCAUCCUGGCAAAUACUCCCGUAUGACGACAAAAACAGUCGUAUUCGUAACUUACUUUAGCAUGAUUCCCGAUUCUCAGAGCCCACACCGGGAUGAGAGAAUAAUUUAUUCACAAACAUCGGUUGAUUCGUUUGGGCUUACUUUGACAUGUUAAGCCAACUACGAUGCCGUAUGAUUCUAUUUCCGCAGCAGUUGGCUUCAUAGGAAAGCUGGAGACCCUGUCAAAAAUAACAUCCCAAAGAAGCUCGAAUACCUAAAUUAAGUUACAUCGUCUGUACGCUUCUGCAGAAUCCCUUGCAGUGAUCCCUCCUCGAUCGCGAGAGUUAUGUCCCAGAACCCCACAUGAAAAGCAAAAAUCCACGAAGUAAAAGCGAUUUGUUUUCUGGCCAUUUUUAUACAUAGUACAGUUUUAAGCGUUUUGUAAUAGUACAUGUCUUGACAAAAACGACUACUUUUACUGCAACAUAGAGUAAUACACUCGCUAUAUUGGAUGUAUUAUGACUACUCCUUUAAUGUUAGUGUCGCAUUUCUAGAAUACGAACUCUGUAAAACGGAAUCUAGGGCUACUCUCCCAGGAUGCUUAACCUCGUGCCCUGAUGGAGUGGCUUCUUAACAGUUCGCCAAUAGCGUCCCAAAAUAAAAACAACUGAUCAGACCAACCGAGAAAACAUGCACCAGAAAAGUCCCGUUGUCCGCAGAAAUCUGCGAAGCGGCGUAAAAUCAUCGAUAGAGUGUAGCCGCGAAAGUCGAAGCGUGAUAUGGCGGAAGACUACUCUCUUAUUUACUUUGCAAGUUUAACUAAAACUUGUGGGAUCCAUCAACCCACAGAUCCCGUUCGUCUAAUGAAGGCUACGCGUAAUCAGUACGGACGAUGUCACAUGGUGAUGUGACAAAUGGGCAUACCCUCCCUGACGUUGGUAAGACUUCGCUGCACAAAUUUGUCCACUGCAUUUGCAGAGUCUUGAGAUUUUUGUGCGAACCGCCAGUCCACUGAUUGUACAAAGAUGGCGGGACAUGUGAAACAGAUUGCGAGUAAAGUUGCAAUAGAUCUAGAAAUGUAAAAAUCGGGUGAUUUGCAAUACUGUCGUUGGUUGAAUGUCAUGCCCAAGAGCCUUCCGUCCAAACGUUUUUUUACACCCCCGGCCCUUAUAAAAUACAAGCUUCGCCUUAGAAAGCUGCAUCAGGUCGAGAAUCCCCAUCCACUCCAAACUCUUCAUGUCCUCAAUAUUAUCCAUUUUCCCAAACGGGUCACGCGAAGCCCAGAGCUCUCAACGAGCUUAGAAUACAACCCUUUAGGGCUCGACGCCCAAACACUAUUGGUGCAAGCAAAAUCAUUAAUCUUGCCCGCCCUGUGGACGAUCAUAACAAAUUGCCCCCCGCUCAUUUUAGUAGGCCUCUUUUACAACCCCUUUGAGCAAAUUGUCAUGAGAUCUCACCGCAUCUUACUACUUACUUUGCAGGUUCGUCUCAUUGUCGUUGACAGCGUAGCCCUGCCGUUCCGUUACGAAUUUGAUUGCGCUCCCCAAAGAAAUCGCCUUCUGGCAGCCCUCUCUCAGGUUCUUCUAUCAGUAGCCGGCUCCCAGAACGCGGCGGUAAGUUACAGUUGGAGAAUAAUUCGAAAGUGUAUCACUGACUAUCGAAUUGACGGUCACAAAUAUCUAGUCACUCCUCAAAGUUGGUACGCCCCAGUUCAAAUUUUUAUGUUAAAGUUAUCGAACAUAAAAAUCGUGCCAUGAGCGCCUGACAUCAGUCUUCUGGACAAAUUUUCAAAAUGAAUUGCAUGACUUUACCAAUACCAAAGAUCCUAGGUGGGGUUUCGCACGUCAGUUACGCCGCCUAACACGCCAGCCUCUUGGUGAUCUUGUCUACUAUGUCACAUUUCUACAUACCAACCUGUGCACCGCUUCAAUAUUUUCUUUUCUUUUAGGUUAUUGUCACCAACCAGAUAACGACACGAUUUAAUGCCAUAGACUGCCGCGAUGCGCCUUUCAAUGAGAGCGUCGGAAACCAACUUGUUCCCGCACUGGGAGACAGCUGGGGCCACAUCUGCUCCAUUAGACUGCUAUUGGAGCGUUCAUCGGCCGGCGGAGGUCAGAGGGCCAAGCUCUUAAAACACCCGGGUAGGCCGCCCGGCACAGCGCGCUACCAAGUUACCGUGCGUUGA